AUGACUGUCACUUACUCCAGUAAAGUAGCCAAUGCGACUUUUUUUGGAUUUCAUAGGUUACUCCUCAAGUGGAGAGGCAGCAUCUACAAACUGCUGUACAGGGAAUUUAUUGUUUUCGCUGUUUUUUACACAGCAAUAAGUUUGGUGUACAGAUUGUUACUUACAGGAGCCCAAAAACGUUACUUUGAAAAAUUAUCAAUUUACUGUGACAGAUAUGCUGAACAAAUUCCAGUAACCUUUGUGCUUGGGUUUUAUGUCACGCUGGUAGUGAACCGAUGGUGGAACCAGUUUGUGAACCUGCCCUGGCCGGACAGGCUGAUGUUCCUCAUCUCCAGCAGCGUGCACGGCAGGGACGAGCGCGGGCGCCUGCUCCGGAGGACACUGAUGCGCUACGUCAACCUCACGUCCCUGCUCAUCUUCCGCUCCGUGAGCACCGCGGUGUACAAAAGGUUUCCCACGAUGGACCACGUGGUGGAAGCAGGUUUUAUGACAUCAGAUGAAAGAAAAUUAUUUGACCACCUCAAGUCUCCUCAUCUGAAAUAUUGGGUUCCAUUCAUCUGGUUUGGAAAUCUGGCAGCAAAAGCCCGGAAGGAAGGUAGAAUCAGAGACAGUGUUGAUCUGCAAUCAUUAAUGACUGAAAUGAACCGGUACCGCUCUUGGUGCAGCCUCUUAUUCGGUUAUGACUGGGUUGGGAUCCCGCUGGUGUACACCCAGGUUGUCACUCUGGCUGUCUACACCUUCUUUUUUGCGUGCCUGAUUGGACGCCAGUUUUUGGAUCCCACCGAAGGCUACGCUGGGCAUGACUUAGAUCUUUACAUUCCAAUCUUUACUCUCCUACAGUUCUUCUUCUAUGCCGGAUGGCUCAAGGUGGCUGAGCAGCUCAUCAACCCUUUCGGAGAAGAUGAUGAUGAUUUUGAAACGAACUGGUGCAUUGACAGAAAUCUGCAGGUCUCUCUUUUAGCUGUGGAUGAGAUGCACAUGAGCUUACCCAAGAUGAAGAAAGACAUUUACUGGGACGAUUCUGCUGCUCGCCCCCCAUAUACACUGGCAGCUGCUGACUACUGCAUACCCUCAUUUCUGGGGUCAACAGUCCAAAUGGCGCUGUCCGGGGCCGACCUGCCCGGCGAGGAGUGGCUGGACUACGAGAAGCACGGCCACCGCCGCUCCGUGAUCCGCAGGGUGAAGCGCUUCCUGAGCGCCCACGAGCACCCGGGCAGCGCGCGCGGCCGGCGCUUCGCCCGCCAGGCCAGCGAGAGCUCCGCCUUCUUCGCGCCCGGCGACCUCAGCCCCCGCCGCGACCUCCUGGACGUGCCGGCCCGCAGCCCGCGCCGCGCCGCCAAGCCCGCCGCCCCCGACGGCGCCGCGCGGCACGCCAGCCUGGGCGAGCUGUCCACCAUCCGCGAGGCCAGCCGCACCAGCACGCUGCAGAGCCUCAGCCCGCAGCCCAGCCCGCGCGGCUCCCCCGCCACGAUGCCCCAGGUCCCCGAGCUGCGCGUCACCGCGCCGGGGCCCGCGGCCGCCGAGGACCUGGGGGACUCCACCGCCUCCCUCCAGAGCUUCGACUUCACCGGGGUGCAGCCCGGCGGCCCCGGGGACCCCCUGCGGCUCAUGGUGUUCCCCUCGGGGGAGGGGACGCCGCCGCGAGGCCCCAGUCCCCAGACUGUCUCCAUCCAGGCUGAGCCAGACCUGUUCCCCUUCUCCCCGGAGGAGGACCCUUUUGCCAACGACUCGUACCCCAAAAGGUGGAGCCUGCCCGGGUUCCUGGAGUCCAGCCACACCUCCCUGGAGGCCCGAGGCGGGCCCGAGCCCGCCGCCAACCCCCCGGAGCCGCCCCUGCUGCUCGUCGACCCAGAGACGUCCUCCGAGGCCAGUGGCAUCAACUUCGUGGCCGGCCCGCGAGCCUCCCCGGACCUGCUGUAUCUGAUGGAGACGCUGGACACCAAGGAGACGGACAUCAUAGAAUUCACCAACGAGCGGGCGGACGGAUCGCCCGGGGGAAGGCCAGCCGCCGGCUCCAGGACCUAG